AUGAGCACGAAAAGAAACGACGACAACGGCGACGACGAGGCGGUCAAUGUUCUCGGACGUGACGACGACGUGAUUGCUGGCGACGGAUCGGUCGUCGUCGACGGGCGGAAAUCGGCUCGGCAACCAGGCAACACGUGGCCCGGCCCACCGCAGCCCACAGGAUUCGGUUCGUUGCUCGGUCGAUCGAGUGGUCGCCGAGAGAGGGAGAGAGCGUAUCCGUAA